GUUGACAAAUCUGGGUGAACUCCAUGAACACCGCGUGUUUAAGAGUAGCCUUAUCUGUCAUUAGCAGAAAAUUGCAGAAAGUGCAGAGGUUGUUCUAGUUUCUUGCGAUUUGCUCAAUGUCCAAGCAAGAAGAUGAUCAGCCUCUNUAUGAAAAAGUUUGGUUCAAACGAAGAUAUCAAAGAGUUAUGGACACCUUCAUUUUACUACUCCUUCUCUUGCUUCUUAGUUACCGUCUUUUCUCAUCCAACAACUUCACUAUCCCAUGGAUCCUUGCUUUCAUAUGCGAAUCCUGGUUCACCUUCACUUGGAUUACCAUCCUCACCACCAAGUGGACUCCUGCAGUCACCAUAACCCACCCAAAUCGUCUCUUGCAAAGGGUUCCUGAACUUCCACGAGUAGAUUUGUUUGUGGCAACAGCAGACCCUGUUCUUGAACCACCCAUCAUCACAGCAAACACUGUGUUGUCUCUUCUAGCACUUGAUUAUCCCGUCAACAAACUAGCUUGCUAUGUUUCUGAUGAUGGUUGUUCCCCUCUUACCUUCUAUGCUCUUGUCCAAGCUUCCAAAUUCGCUCAGUUUUGGGUACCUUUCUGUAAGAAGUACAAAAUUCAACUGAGAGCACCUUUCAUCUACUUCUCCAGCGUUGCCACCACCGAGAGUGAACACUCGCCAGAAUUCAAGCAAGAAUGGUCACGAAUGAAGGAUAUGUAUGACAAUCUUUGCCUCAAAAUUCAAGAUGUCACAAGGAAACAAAUUCCACUACAACUUGAUGGAGAAUUCGCAGUUUUCUCCAAUACAGAACGAAGAAACCAUCCAACCAUAAUUAAGGUUAUANUGGAGAAUAAGGANGGUGUUUCUGAUGGAUUGCCUCACUUAAUAUACGUAUCUAGAGAGAAGAAGCCACAUCAAACACACAAUUACAAAGCUGGAGCUAUGAAUGUCUUGACAAGAGUGUCUGGAUUGAUGACCAAUGCCCCCUUUAUGUUGAACGUAGACUGUGACAUGNUUGUGAACAAUCCCAAGAUUGUUCUGCAUGCUCUGUGCAUUUUGUUGGAUNCCAAGUGUGGAAAGGAAGUGGCUUUUGUUCAAUGUUUUCAGCAAUUCUACGAUGGGAUAAAAGAUGACCCUUUUGGAAAUCAGUGGGUGGCUCUAUUUGAGUACGUAAUGCGGGGCAUGGCAGGACUUCAAGGACCCCAUUAUUCAGGAACUAACGCAUUCCACAGAAGAANUGUUAUGUACGGUCUUUAUCCUGAAGAAAUCGAAAUUGGCAGUAAAGGAAAGUUAGGUGAAAAGAAAUUACUAACACAACAAUUUGGAAGUUCAAAGGAGUAUGUAAAAUCAGCAGAGCGUGCUUUGGAUUCGAAAACAAACUUUCAUAAUGAUACCAGCCCUUCNGAUUGUAUUGAGACAGCAAUUGAAGUUGCUGGAUGUGAGUAUGAAUGUGGUACUUGCUGGGGUGAAAAGAUUGGAUGGNUUUAUGGAUCAAUCACAGAAGANGUAGCAACAGGGUUGANUAUUCAUAGAAGAGGUUGGAGAUCAGAGUGUUGCACUCCAGAUCCAAUUGCCUUCACAGGGUGUGCUCCAAGAGGAUUACUCUCUACAAUGGUGCAACAAAAGAGAUGGGCCUCAGGUCUCACNGAANUCUUCUUUGGAAAGNAUUCUCCUCUUACGGGAAUGAUCUUUGGUAAGAUCCAAUUCAGGGNAGCUUUAUCUUAUAUUUGGNUCACCCNUUGGGGCUUGCGUAGUGUAUUUGAAGUUUGUUAUGCAGUCCUACCAGCAUAUUGUAUAAUCACNAAUACCAAUAUUUUUCCAAAGGGACCUGGUCUGUGGAUUCCAAUUGCUCUUUUGGUGAUUUACAGCGUACACNCUCUUUUAGAGUACCUUCAAAUUGGGUUGUCCAUUAGACAUUGGUGGAAUAAUCAGAGAAUGACCAUAAUANCAACCACAACUGCAUGGUUUAUUGGGUUUUUGAGUNCCAUGCUUAAGCUAGCAGGNAUAUCUGANACUGUGUUUGAAAUAACACAGAAGGAAUUCUCAAGUUCUGAUGCUGAUGAAAAANAUACAGAUGCUGGAAGNUUNACCUUCGAUNAGUCUNCAGUUUUUGUGGUAGGCACCACCAUUUUGUUGGUGCAAUUGGCUGCUAUGUUGAUAAGGUUUUUGGGGUUGCAACAAUCUCAGAGUGGAAAUGGUUGNGGAAUAGGGGAGUUGAUAUCUAGCACGUAUGUGGUAGUGUGUUACUUUCCAUAUCUGAAAGGGUUGUUUGGCAGUGGAAAAUAUGGGAUUCCAGUGUCCACCAUAUGCAAGUCAGCAAUCUUGGCUUUUGUCUUUGUGCACUUCUGUAGAAAGUAACGUUAUAUGCACCUUAUGUGGCAACUGUAGUUAUCUUUAGUCUAUUUAGGUAUCUUUAUGUGUUAGUUAUUACCAAUUGAAAGGUGACAAAUAAUUUUGAGAAUAGCAUCUCUUCUUCAGCUUUGUACACCAACUACAUACUACAAUGAAUGUCAAAUCUUUACCAUUAAUUGUUUAA